CGCGAUUCUCCAUCUUGCUCCAACAUCACGUCUUUCAACGGAAAGUCAAUGGCGGUAACAGAGGAAGAGGCGUCCUGGCCUCUCUAUCGCCCUGUCAGACCCCUCCCCUUUGAACUGGUCCAGCAUGUAGGCAUUUUCUUCGAAGAGAAGCUCUACAAACAAGCCCUAAACCUUCUCCUAACAAUCAUCACAACCGGCACAAACCCUCCAACACCGGUCUAUGCCCCGCCACCGCAGCAUCUCGCCCUAGCGGCGACAUUCCUCGUCCACCCCUCAACCACCACCCGGGCAAAGACCGCCGAUGAAGAAGAGGUGCCCAAUGUCUCUUUGCGAUUACUACGCCUCACAAAUACCCUCGCUGGGCCGUUAUCCGCUAAACUCGGCGUCGCGUUUUCCUUCACACACUUCGAAUCCUCCCGCCAUGGGCGUCGCCGGCGCGCUGAAGACGAGCGUUUACCCGACGAUGACACGAAACCACUGAACCUCGACUUGGCCCAGUCUGCGUCCGUAUGGUCUCGCGCAGAGGAUUUCUGGCACGCGGUCGGAUGGGCGUUCAACUGCUCCGUCCUCCACCGGGACCGAUGGGAGCAAUGGCAGGUGUGGCUCGAAUACAUGUGCGAAGUCCUGGAAGACGACUGGAACGAGCGAAAAAGGCUGAGCGCGAACCCGAUCGCAAAGACCGACCACUCGCAAAUCCUCAAAGACAGCCUGGUAUUCCAGUACAUCAGCCAAGCCUCGGCAGGCUACGGACAUAAUCGACGAAUCCUCCGCGCGAUCUUCGCAGACGGGGGCUCAACCUCCGCCAACGAGUUCCGAGAAGUCUUCCACCACGAGCUGAAAAAGCCCAAACAGCAGGACAAGAACGCCCGGAAACGCGAAGUGCAUGUCAACAUCAACGAAGACCAAUACGGCGACUACCUAAUCAACGACGACGAAUCGUCCGACAACGACGCGGACCCGGCUGCGAAACGGCCGUCCCGACAAUCCAAACGGCCCAGACGAGGCACGCGGUCUAAAGACGCCAAAUCCACCGACGCCCUCGACACCUACCCCUCAACUUUCGCUGUGAGCGACCUCUCCUCCCACGGCGGCUUCCAGUCCCUCGCCCUCCGCCAACGCCUCCUCAACCUCCUCUCUGUCGUCUCCGAGUCUCUCCCCGACUCCUUCAUCCCCCUCGAAGACCUGUACCACCUCUUCGUCGAGAACAUCCGCCACCUCCCCCUUCCCGUCUUCCAGGCUCUCAUCGCUCCAACCACCCUCCCCCACCUCUCGCCAGAAGCCUGCACAACCCUCUGUGAGUUCCUCCUCUUCCGCAUCCGCGAAAGCGCCGCCCCUGAUACAGACGACGAGUACCUCAACCAAACAAAACUAGAGGAAUGCUUCCUCCCCUAUGCAGCAAGCACAACCAGUCUAGUCGACAACACCAAAAUUUCGAUCCUCCUCGAAACGCUCGUAAUACUCCUCGCCAACAACGACAUGCUGCGUGUGACGCCCAAACUACAAGAAGCAGUCGAAGCUGGCAUACAGCGCCGUGCGGAGAGGGCGCAAACCGAGACUAAGAAGAGCCAGAGUGUGCGCAAAUCAGAGGAUACAGAGUGGUGUUGGCUGCUUGAGAGUGGGGAGCGGUUGAGGUUCCUUGUUGAGGAGAUUCUUCCGCGUGCGGAAGAUGAGGAUGAGUGAUUGAUUGAUUGAUUUGUUAGUGAGGAUGUUGUGGAGUUAUUGGCUUGGCUUGAGAUGCUCGAAUCUGUCGUAUAGAUACCCUUUCUUGUCCCUUUAUAUAUAUAUAUAUAUAUAUGUAUAUCUUGCGUUUAGCAUGUUAGGUUGCUUCUGAGGUGCUUCACUUUUUUUAUAUCCUGAUUAGAUAAACCUAUUUAGCUUGCGUAUAGCUUAUCUACAGC